AUGGAUUCACAACUUGGUUCUGCGCCUCGACAGAAUGACGCCGAGAAUUGCGCUGCGGAUCACUCUAACAUGAGCGGCGCCUCACCCUCUCAAGGCACGGAAGUGCGCUACAAGUUCGAGCUGCAAGAGCUUGCCACUUACCUCCGAAACAAACCAGACGCCCAUAGAGGCCCCGGCGGUGACAUCGUCGAAUUCUUCCUUCCCACAGAGCAAUUCCAACAAUUCGAAGAGGAGCUGGAGCGUUGCGGUGAAUUCGCGGGAGCGCGUUGCAAAUACGACUAUUCCUAUCCCAGUGAAACGCUGGCACUCAGAAUGGGCAGUGACAAACACGAAUUUCUCGUUCAAUUUCUCAACAGACGUCUGGUGUAUUUCCUCGAUCGAGCAGAAAACGACCCAAAAUCCUCCGUGUCUGAGUUUGCCGCGUCGGUCGCACCUUUCGGCUCUGCUUUCGUUCGAUAUCCUUCUAAGGAUGGCAAGGGCAGUAUCAAGCGUGCACCAGAUUUGACUUUCAAAAAUAUCAACAAGCCUCGAUACCCAGUUCUGGUUGGUGAAGUCGCAUACUCGCAGACAACAGAAGAGCUACACAAACUUGCUCAAGAAUACAUCGAGAAGACUGAGGGCCAUAUCCGAACUGUGAUCACAAUCGACCUCGAUUACCCAACAGGUAAAGGGGUAUCUCUCUUGGUAUGGAGGGCAAAGUUUAGCGAAGACGGGAAGUUCGAAGGGGUAGCCUGCGACGACGCCGUGGAAAUUCGAACCAAGGAUGGUGGAAAGAACCCCAAACGCCAAGCCGGACUUUCACUCUCACUCGAAGACUUUGCUUGCAUUGGAGGAGUUGAUGAGGAUGCGGAUCUUCAAUCUGUGACCGUUACCGUGUCUACGGACGAUCUGUACAAGGCAUUGGAAAUUGGGGAGAAAGCGGACGAAGCCACAGCCUUGAGGGCUCAAUGA